UUUCGCUGCUUGGUGCUUGGUUGGACCCGUUCUUAGCCGAGAGAGCAGGUCAGAGCACUUUUAACACUCUUAAACCCACCCCUUCACCCAUAUCCUACCCCCACCUGGUCGGAUGACUGGUGAAACAUUCCUGUUAAUUAAUGUAUUCUGACUGACUUGGUUUUCGUGCUGUCUGCAGUACAUCAAACUUCUAGCGUGCGUAAACAUACUGUCAAUAAAACAAAUACAAAAAAAAAAAAAAAUAGGAACAACAUUAACGAUGCAUUUGACAACCUCAGGACGCAAUUCGGGGGAGACUGAGUGUGUCAAACAACUACAGUGCAGGUAUGAAAGCAGGCAAGCGCAGACGUCAAAAGACGCGCGUCACAUCGCUUCUUUCCGAAUUCCAACGUCUUCUCAAACGUAGAACGGAUCAGCUUAUCUCAACCUCCCUUCCAUUUUAGAUGCUGGCAAAAGCACAAAGAAAUUUUCCCUCGGAAUAAACCGUAAUUGAGCUAAUAAACGAUGGAAAAACAAAAGACAAAAGAGAGGGGUGCCAUCGGAAACCGCGAACGCACGAUCCACGCACAGAGCGCGCCGGCUUGCACGUGUACACUUGAAGUCACGUGACGGGGCGGGCCUCGCGCUGAGGCGAGCGCGCCAGCCAAUGGGAAGCCGCAACCAUCACCUGAUAGUGGCCCGACAUCUCGCCGGAACUGGACCUGUCCCACUCCGGGAGAACGAGGGGAGGCAGGCGCCGCGGCUCCUCUAGGGCCGCCGUUGGAGUGAGCUGUGAUUCCCGCUGUCGUCAUCGGCUCUCACGUAAGCGCCGGCUUCCCGUACGAGACCCGACUGCCGAACGACCCGCGGGGGCUCCACGCGUCGCCGGGCGACGUCAGAGGCCUCCCCUCCGCGGCGCCUGCCCACCCCCCCGGCGGCGCGAGUGGUACCGGUCCGUCUGCGUCUGCGGCGCGGUGCCUGUUCCGGCCGGAGCUGGCGUGGGGACAUAAAAAAAGUGGUCAAUCGAGGCGUACGCAGCGUAGAUCGGCCGACCCGCCUCUUGGGAGAGACCACGAAUUCCCCCUUCGUCGAAUGGAGAGUGCAAAUAGCCUGAGCCCCCGGCGACUUUCCGCCAUUGGAGGGAGUCAAAAGUCGCGCCGACAGUCGUACGCAGGUCAGUCAGGCACCCAGUCCCUCGACGUCGGCACGGGUCAGUUGAAGCGAGUGCCUACGGUCAGCGGUCCGGUAUCGGCGCUGGACGGCCCACAGAUGUAUCGGCUAGACGUAAACCACCGGAGCACGAGCGGCAGCAGCAGCCGCCGUGCGAGCAGGAACGAGGACUCGUUUACAUGCUCCCAGCAGAGCAUCCUGAGUGCCAUGGACCGCUUCGUCAAGUCCGUGAACAACAUGGACGCCACGGUGCUGGUGCCGUCCCGACUUCGCGACAUGGAUCUGACGGACAAGGCGGGCCGGGCGCCCCCGGCCAACCUCACCCACACGGACCUCUACUCCUUCUACAACAUGCUCAACGACGUGAAGAACGAACUGCUCUGGGGACCGAGCACGGCGGCGACGUCGGCCGCGAUCCCGCUCACGGGAGCGCUCAUGAGGCCGCCGCCCAAGCACACGCGGCAACCGUCGGACGACUCGCUGGGAUCGACGGGUUCGACGUCGGACACUGACUCCGACGUGGACAGCGUAGUGACAGAUCGGGGAGCCGACAGCCUCGAACACAGCCUACACCUGGCCGCAGCCUUUCGGCACCAUUUGCAGGGCCUCCACGCCAUCCUCCACCAGCUAGCCGACUCCGCCGACUACCUGGCGUGCAGGUACCAGGAGGAAGUGGACGCGUCGUCGCUCUGAGAGCGCUCCCAGACGCUCGCCGGACUUUUCCAGUGCUGUCUAGCGAACGCCCCUCGUCGCCUUGCCGGACUCUCCUCCCUGUGUGACUUUUUUCUCUACUACUACGAUACGUGAGACGUGGAUUUCCAACGCUAGACAUCUCUGCUUCCGCCACCGCUCCAUCAGUCGGUCAUCUACCCUCCCUCUUUGCUUUGCAAGUCUUCGCGAGAGGAGGUGCGUUUUUGACACGGCAGCGGAUGGUUUGUUUUCGUCAUCGACUCUGCAAACCAGCUGUUCGCUCUCCUCCGCAACGGAUUUUGUCGCCUGCUAGAAAACUAUGCAGCCUGUGACCGACCUGACCCCCCUCCCCUCCGUAAGAACUGCGAGUCAUCAUUGAGAAACGAAAAAUUUGCUUACCGCCAGUGAUCGCGAGAGCUAUUGUAGGCGCUGCAAAAUCAUAUCCCGCAAUUUUCUAGGGACUGUUUUUAGACAAGUUUUUUGCCGCAUCCCCCAUUUGGUUGUAACUAUCACUAUAGUCAAAGAAAAAAAUCAAACAAAACGCCGUAGCUGUUGGUUAUGUUGUUGUGAUUCUGCGUAAUUUUUUUCGGUCUUCUACCUGUUCAUUCUCUGCUUCGCCGAUCGCUCCAAAACUGAGGUGUUUUUUUUUUGUUGUUUUUUUAUGAGGGAAUAUAAGAUUACGGCGGCGCACCAGACUUCGGCAGUUUCGUAUUUUCUUUCUAGCGGGAAGUUUUCGUUUUCCGGGUGAACCUGGCUGGCUUGCUCCGCUAAAAUGGCUGCGUAAGGUCCCGUAUGUGGGCCAGUGGUGUCUAAGUUAUUUCGCUUCGCCUGCCGCCGUUUAUUUUAUUGCUUUUUCUCUGCUCUCUCAAGUUUAGCAAAUUGUUUCUUUUUUCUUUAAUCUCGUUCCUCGGGGGGAGAUCUCCCCCAUUGCUACGUUGCUCAUUUUGCGAAUCCGGCGGGCGUAACAGUUAGCUAACGGUCUAUGUAAGAGAAGAGGAGGAGCGUCGUCCGCCAUUGUUGGCCCAUAACUUCAGCUUCAGCGGUAACUUUUGCAUUUAGAGCUACCGGUCGGUCUCUCCGGUAAUAGCGUGGUAUGUGUUUUUGUUUUUUUCCUCCUAGUAUUGAGGUGGCUUGCGGGGAGGAAGUUGAAAUGUCCGGUUUUUCGUUAAAGGAAAGUCGCAAACAUUCCAUGUUGCUGUACAACAGUGUCGCGGAAAAUACUCACCACGGGUGUAUCGUACUACCGUCUCUUCUUUUCUAUCAGUUGAGGGUAUCCCAAAUGGAGUUUUAAGCACAUCGUGAAAGAAGUAGACAGAGGAGGCUGUACAUAGUGUAAAUACGUAAUGCUGUCGGAGAUGGCUGAUCUGUAAACAACAAACUAAGAACCAACAAAUUUAGUCUAACACGGGUUUUUCGCGUGUUAAUAUUUUUUUUUUUCUUAUGGAAUGUGCAUGUAUGAUAACAGCGCGAAAAUGUUUUUCCAGAUUUUUUUUUUGCUAAAAAUGAAACGUUUUUGUUAUGCGAGUUGUUUCUAGUGUACAUGACCCGCGGUAAACUUGUGCUGUUUUCUUGAAAUUUAUUAAAAAAGAGCUUUAUUGCCAGAAAAACAA